UUGCAUUAGUUACUUCCGGUUCAGUAGUAUAAGAGAAUACCUUGGAUUCGUUUGGAAAGCCAUACGUGACUGACUGUGCUUUCUGCUGCCGAGAAAUUUCAAAUUAAAAAAGAUGCUUUCAGAAUGCAGCUCAUUUUUGAAGGGUGUGAUGCUAGGAAGUACCGUGUUUGCCUUGAUCACAAUACUUGGACACAUUAGACUAGGUCGCAGAAACGGAAUGCACGACCAUGAGCAUCAUCACCUGCAAGCUCCUAACAAAGAAGAAAUCUUGAAAAUGUCAGAAGCUGAACGCGUGGAACUCAGUAACAGCUUCCGGGUAUACUGUCUCGUUCCUGUCACCCCCAAAGAUGUGAGUCUGUGGGCCGCAGUGAAGGAGACUUGGAUCAAACACUGUGAUGCAGCAGAGUUCUUCAGUUCUGAACGUGUUAAAGUUUUUGAGUCUGUUGCUGUGAAUGAGAGCGACACCUGGUUGAUGUUGAGAAUGGCUUACAUAUAUGCCUUUAAUAAAUACAAGGACCAAUAUAAUUGGUUCUUUCUCGCAUAUCCCACUACAUUUGCUGUAAUCGAAAACUUAAAGUAUUUUUUGUUAGGAAAAGAUCCAUCACAACCUUUCUAUCUAGGUCAAACUGAAAUUAAAGGAGGCCUUGAAUAUGUGCGUCUUGAGGGAGGAGUUGUCUUAAGUAUAGAGUCGAUAAAAAGACUCAACCACCUUCUCACUGUCACUCAAAUGUGUCCGGAAGAGGAAAGACAGAUUUGGAAAAUGACUGAAGAAGUGCUGCUUGCUCUCUGUCUGAGAAAUGCAGGAGUGUUUGCAGAAAAUGCUGAAGAUGAUGAAGGAAAAAAUUUAUUUAAUACCAAAACUAUUGGGAUGUUUAUUAAAGAAGCAAUUACUGAUUACCCGAAUGAUAUAGUAGGUGGAUGCUGUUCUGACAUGGCCAUUACUUUCAGUAGACUGACUCCUGAUCAGAUGCAUGUGUUGAUGUAUGGGGUGUACCGUCUUAGGGCAUUUGGACAUAUUUUCAGUGAUGCUUUGGUUUUUUUACCCCCAAAUGGUUCUGACAACGACUGAAAAAAGUAUGAGUCCGUACUUGACAACCAUAGAAGCCAUGUUAGCGGGAGUAAUAAUAUAACCAACAGAGGAGCAUGCCUCUUUUCUGGUCUAGUCAUAUUGUGUCAUCACACAUUGAAGUUUAGUUUAUAUCCUUAAAUGAUAUGUUAUUUUUCCCUUAAAGCACUUGGAAUAUUUUUUUACAUGUUAUAGAUACAUGCUUUAAUAAUAACAACAGU